CCUUGGCCACGAUCAAGACUAGCGAAUAUCCCAAAGACAAGACAGUUUGUCAACACAUCCAUCAUCGAAUGGCACCCAACAAUUUGAUCUGAUCGUGAAUGAGAGAGGAUGUCCCAACCCGCUCCUGACGUAUCGUACAGGUUGAUGAGGUAAACUGUUUUCCCGUCUCUUGGGGUCAGCGUUCAAAGACUAAGCUCCUUUGCCGCAAAUGUGGAGUUCAUAUCGGUUAUGGAUAUGGAGACUCAUCUGUUCUUUGCGGUUUUGACUCUCCCACCUUGUCUACUUCAGCUUAUAGAAAGUUUUCUGUGAAAAUUCGAGCUCUGCAGCCCUCUGAAGAUUGAUAAAAUGCUGCAGCAAACUGCAUGCAACACUAGUAGUAAUGCUCUUACUUUCAUUAUGGACUUGCCUGAUGAUUGUCUCUUCUUCAUAUUUCACCGCCUUGAUUCUUGCUCUGAUCGAGAUUCCUUUGGCUUGACUUGCCACCGCUGUCUUCGUAUUCAGAAUCUUAGCCGUCGGUCCUUGCAGUUUCAGUGUUCAUUUACGCAACUUGACAUUUCCUCAUUGUCCCAUUCCAACACUAUCAUUAACAGCUCCCAUGUUCAUAGGCUGCUUACUCGUUUUCAGCAUUUGCAGUCAUUGUCCCUAUCUGGUUGCACACACUUGCCUGAUUCAAGCUUGAGCCAUUUGGCAAGCUAUGGUUCAAAGUUGCACACACUUCGCCUGGAUUGCUGUUUUGGUAUUACUGAUCAUGGGUUGUCUGUGGUAGCUACAAGUUGCCCCUCAUUACAAGUCAUCAGCCUUUACCGCUGUCAAAUUACUGAUGUUGGGCUAGAAAGUUUGUCUAAUUUCUGCUCACUUUUAAAGGAUGUGAACCUCUUGUACUGUUAUGCUAUUUCUGAUUAUGGGUUGAGAGCUCUUUCACAGAGAUGCCGCCAACUUCAGGCAGUUCGGAUAUCAAAUUGUAAGGGUGCCACUGGUAUUGGCUUUCACGGCUGUUCCUCGACUUUAGCAUAUGUAGAAGCUGAGUCCUGUAAGCUUGAGCCAGAGGGCAUAUCAGGAAUCGUCAGCGGAGGUGGGAUUGAAUAUUUGAACCUAUCUGGUCUGAUUUGGCGUAAAGGUGAGACUGGUUUGGGAACAAUUGGAAGAGGUUUUGCCCAGAGGCUUAAGAUACUUAACCUCCGGAUGUGUAGAACCAUUGGUGAUGAGUCUAUUGUAGCAAUUGCACAAGGUUGUCCACUACUUGAAGAAUGGAACUUAGCAUUGUGUCAUGAGGUGAGGAUAACUGGAUGGUCUUCUAUUGGGACGAACUGCCAAAAUUUGGAAAAACUUCAUGUGAAUCGGUGUCGCAAUCUAUGUGAUCAAGGGUUGGAGGCUUUGCGAAGUGGCUGCAAGCAGCUCUCAAUUCUAUACAUGAACGGUUGUGUUAAGGUUACUUCUACAGCAAUAGAGUUGUUUAAAUGUUAUAGGGGUGAUGUUACCAUCAAGGUAGAAGAAAGAAUGUGUAUAGGGCCUAUGUGGUCAUUGAGAUGAUUGUGUAUGACUUAUUUGACAUGGAGUGUCCCUCAGAUUAAACUCGCUUGGACAUGGGACUUUAACCUAGUGCUUUCGUGGAUGACCUGUGAUUCGCUGAAACUGAUGAUUGAUGAAAGUAAUAAGAGGUUGUUUGGUCUA